ACCCGGUGAAGCAUCAUUGCUAUGAUUCCCCAUGCCCCUUGCUCUGCAUCUGUUGACAUGGAUUUGACUGAGCUUAACGUGGCUGUCGAACAAGGCCCAGCCACUGCGGCGAGACGAACAGCCAGUUCCUGUCACAGAUAACUCAGUGAGAGGAGCGGGGAAACAAAGGCACCCUGCAGCGCUUGGUGAAUUAUUGAUGGCCAUGUGGCGUGCUGACAGUGCAUAGAGGUGACCCUGGGUGGGGGGUUGGCAGAAUCUUAGAAAUCCCAUCCCUCCUCUGAUCUGGCAGUUCUAUAGAUCGGAUACGAAUGGCCCUCUUUUAACUGUGAGGCGGCUAAACAGCUGGGAGCUGAGUGUUUGAGAUCAGUGCUGGCUAGUCUGUGUGGGCCGCUGGGAGGGAAGUAGGUCAUGGACAGUGACCCGAGGUAUGUGUGUCUCUGCAGGGGGCCUUGGGCUUUAGGAGGAUUGGUGGCCAAGUGCUCAGGUAGCACAAAGCGUUGUUCUGGUUUCGGCAUUAUGCUUGUAACCUUUCUCUGCUCCCUACAUAUAGAUCCAUCACAAUAGCCACAAGUUAAGCAUAGUUUACACCGUGUAUUUGUUUGUUGCUGGAGAUCCCAUGAGAUACUGAGCUUUAUAGCUGAUGCAUGCACAAGUUUGAUGCUGCGAUCCAUCAAACAGAAAAAGAUUUCUAUACAACAAAACAGGUUGCAUGCACAACCAAGCAACAAUUUUCAGAUGAUAAAAUAGAACGCACACAUUUUUUUUUCUUUUUUUGGUGCGAGUAAAAAUACAACAGACAUUAUGAGGAAAAGGGAGGAGCCACCAGGGGACAGGGGGGGGGGAGCCAUGUUUGUGACUGGAAGCGAAGCAGUAAGGUAAGAGAAUAAGUGAAGAUGGGUCCCCAGCUCUACCUCACCAUGUACAAAGAGCAGUUUGUCCCUCCUGGCACAGCGAACAGAGAACAGCCUCGACCCACCUCUGCCCACCGCAGGAACAACCCACAGCCCCGUCCGGACUUUCUGUUUCCCCGGAAUCUUCAGCGUAACCUCAGGUCACGCCGCACACAUCCACACCCCUCCCCCCCUGUGGACGGUGGCCAAGGUCCACUCUUUCCACCUGUCAGACAUGUGUCAUUCCACAGUCCCCUUCCGACUUGUCCAGACCACAGUCCACUGACCGCAGUGGACCAACCAAACCACAUGCCCCCUGCCCGCCCGUCCACAGUACUGCCUCUGCCCCCUGCUGGCGGACUGCACAACCUACAGCUGGCUGAGGCUCCUUCCGACACCGGAUUUAAACUCCAAGCAACUUUGAGGAGCCCAACUCGUGGAAUGAGUUAUCAGAGGAAUGUUCAUCCACUCUCAGCCCAGCAACAGAGGCAACACGGAGGAGCUCAGCUUCGGACAAGACCGCAAACCAUCAACCUACAACACCACUUCCCACGGACACAAUACCGGAGCGGAGGCUACAGCUGCUUCCAUGUGGUGAAGCCCUCCGAAGCUGGGCACUACAUCAUACACCCAGAGUUUGUGUCUGAAUGCCGUCCUUAGGACCAUUAGAGCCCUGGCCUCCAACGUGGGGACCUGGGACCUGCAGAGCUCCUUGAGGACAUCAUCAACUUCACUAUUGUUUAAUUCUCCACUAAUUAACCCAGCGAGACAAGGUGUAAGGAUGAAUAAUGCAACGGUAGGCUGUACUCUCGCCCCUAUUAUCUCCCUACACACAGCGUGACCACUUUUACAAUUCAGUACUAAAUCAGCAGCAAAGAUCUUCCCCAUAAGGGGCUUGUGGUGAUCAAAUCGGAUGUGGCACUGGACCCCUAACGUGUAAUUCUCUGUGGCAUUGACAUUUUAUCCCACCAUUAGAAAGAGCAUUUUUUUUUAUAUUUGAUGUAGGAAUUCUUUAUUGCAUGAUUAAAUGGUUUGAACAGAAAUACCACAGGGAAACAUGAACUUUACACAAGGGAAGAACGUAUCAUGUUUAUUAUUAUAGGUAAUUUAUAGCCAUAUUACUUCUCUCACAAGAUAUACCUCUGCAUUGCAUAGAUGAUCCCCACAGAAAUACUGAGGUGUGCACAUCAUAUAUUUUUCUUCUGACUUAUUUAUUAAAACACGUUUUUGACACA